UUCUGUUGCUGUUCUUAUGUGUCAGUGUGAUGGCCUUUCAAUUAGUCUCGUAGAGUAUCGUGACGGGGAACGUUAUUAAUCACUGGGAUAUGACUUGGACAAACUAGGGACUGCCGCCAUUACAAACAAACAAGGAACAGAAUGUUAGCGCUUACAUUAGCAAGUUUGUUGUUACCGACAUGUUUAUGUCAGCAGAUGGGAGGAAUGUGGAAUGGUGGAGGUGGAGCAGGAGGUGCUGGUGCAGCUGAAGGUGGAGCAGGAGGCACCUGGAAUCCACAAGCGGGUGGAAUGGGAGGAGGAGGCGGGAUGGGUUUCGGAGGACAAGGUUUCGGUCCAGUUCCCCCAGAAUUCGCCGCUGCUAUGGGAGGUGGAUUCAAUACACAACCACCACCGAUACCGCAAAGUAUGAUGGGGGGAGGUGGCGCAAUGAUGGGAGGACACGGAAUGGGAGGUCAAGGUAUGAUGGGUCACGGUACUGGAAUGAUGGGCGGUGGUGGAGGGAUGAUGGGAGGACAGGGUAUGAUGGCAGGUAAUUACCCAAUGUAUCCGGGUAUGAUGGGUAACGGAAUGAUGGGAGGUAUGGGAGCACCACAACCUGGAGCUCCAGGUGGCCAACAGCCAGGACAGCAACCGACAACGAAAGCACCUGCUGUGGAAUAUGAAGCACCAGAACAUCCUAUCACUACGAAAGCUCCUACAAAAAUGAAUGCUGCUUGGCAGAAAAUGAAACAGGGACACGGAAGUGGAGCAGCCAUAUCAGCACCAGGUCAAGUACCAAAUGGCGGCCAUGGAAAUGGACCACAUGAUCAACAAUUUCAACAAAAUGCAAUGCGUCACCAACAAAUGCAACAACAAAUGCAUAGACAAUAUCAAAUGCAGAUGCAGAAUGGUAAUCAGCAACCAAAUCAAAGACAACCACAAUCUAAACAACAGCCACAAUCACAACAACCGCAGAACCAAGAACAACAAGCAAGUUAUACACAACAACAAAAAAUAGGAAUUAUGGCAAGAUUUAGUAACUCUAUGAAUCAAAUGAUGUCAACUUUCAAUUCCAUUCGUGCCAGCUUAGGAAAGCUUAUAAGUACAUUAUCUAAAUUUGUAAAAUUACAGUAGUGUGCUGCUACCCUGUCUCUUAGUGUGCGUGCAAUAACUGUCUAAUUUAUUAGAGAAUCAAAUAAACAAAUUUGUAUUGUGAAACUGAACAAUUCACGGAACUUGCCGCUAAAACUUAUGUUUUAUAAAGUUAAACGUUACUUUUAUGCUAUGCAUGAAGGCAUAUGAUGUUUAGUAAACGUCGUUGUGUUUUAAAUGUUGACCUCUAUUGCAUGAAUUGUUUGUAAAGGAUAGUAAAAGACUCGAUUGACAUCAGUAAUAUGUAAAUGACUUUUAAAAUUUAAACGGAAUUACCAUAGAAUGUCAAAACUAUUGUCUUUACAAGAAUUGGAUUUAAUUUGAUGAUUAAACAAUUCGCUUAAUAUAGUUUCUAUUAUGUUCAAAACAAAUUUUGUUGGGAUUUAACAUUUUACUUCCAAUUUCACCUUUUUGUACCAAAUAAAAAUGUAUCAAUGGCGAUCACAGGGGCGCGUAGAAGGUGAACGCCUUUUUGAUCGCACAUAACACAUUUUUGACUUGAUUUUAAAAGAUUUCGGACCAUUACACACCCCUUAAUUUUGAUCCUUGAAUCGGCCCUGAUUGAUUGAAUAAACAGAAUUGGCUUUAGAAUUAACAAGUAAACGGAAUCUAGAUUGAAAGUAAUCUUUGGACCGGAAGAAGGAUAAAAAAAUAUGAAUACUGCGAAUAACGGAAUGCAUUUUAAAAUGUAAGUCAAUGGCCACACUAUAUUCUAAAUGAAACAAAGCACAUUAUAUGAAAACAAAAUCUUAUAAUUUUAUCAAUAUUUUGUAUUAUACUAAAAGUAUUAAGAGUUUAGCAACAUA